CCCUGCCCUGCCCUGCGCCUGUUGUAAGGAACGCCUGAGAAAGUUUCUCGAUUUAAUUUCCGUGGACCUGAAAGCGGAGAGGGAAUGAGGCCAUACCGUGUACAUGUAACAUAUGGUGAUUGCAUCAUACAUCCAAUCAAAGUGGAUUCGAGAUGCUAAGCAGAUACAACAUUCCCAUCUUCCUUUUCUCUACCAUCACAUAUUCACCGUCACUUGUUCAACUUUCUGUGUGUGACGAGAUAGCAAAAGAUGAUCGGGUCAAGAUUGUCAACCUCCACAGUGGUGUUAGUGGCGCUCACUGCUCCAACUCUAGUAAAAGCAGUUGAACUUCAGCCUGAUUCAUAUCUUGAUUACGUUCCAAAUCUGGCUGGAAAUGCAAUCUUCGGUGUUCUCUAUUCAGUCUUGUGUCUGGUUUUAUUUUAUCAUACUCUCUUUCUUCAACGUAAACCACAAAAAUGGGCUCUCACACUCCCAAUCGGAACAUUUUUUGCCGCUUUAGGUUAUUGGUUAAGAAUACCAAUGCGUACAAGUCAACAUAAUGAAUCGCUGUAUACGGUGAUGUAUUUGUUCGUUGUGCUCUCACCGGCUGCAUUUUUGGCUUUCAAUUAUAUCGCUUUUGGAAGGUUAACGGCCGCUUUGGAAGGUGAAAGACCAUCAAAUGUUAAACGGAAAUCACAAUACCUUUUCAUUCCACCAAGAUGGGUUAAGAUCAUUUUUGUCACUUCGGACGUUUGUACCUUUUGCGUUCAAGCCGCAGGUGGUGGAAUGCAAACAAGUAAUGAUUACCAAACGGCAAAUACAGGAAAUAAUGUCUUUUUGGCUGGUGUUUCGGCUCAAGGUGCAUCCUACCUACUCUUUACUGCGCUGAUUUUGGUGGCACAUUAUCGUCUCAUCUUUAAACGUCCAGAUGGACAUCGAUUCAACAUCUUCAAUUUCAGCGAACCAACUGUGAUCAUGUUGGAUUUGUUGUAUAUCUCAAGUAUUGGAAUUUUGGUUAGAAGCGUUUAUCGUAUUAUUGAAAUGGCUCAAGGAUACGGUGGAUAUUUGUAUACACAUGAAAUUUUCACUUUCACACUUGAUGCUUUACCAUUGGUGAUCGCAAUUGGCGUUUGGGCGCUGUAUUGGCCAGGAUUGUUGAUCAGAAAAGUUCGUGAAGAAGCCGCUGCCCCUAGUCAAGAUUUGGAACAAGGCACAAAUGACGCUUCCAAUAGCCCAACUGAAAGUCCAAGUCCUACCGCAGAGAAAAGUGAGACAGCAAAUUAACCUGGAUCAACUCUUUUGAUGGACAAUUUGAUCAUGUAAUACCUACACAUCUUGUACAUUAUCAUCUCUUAACAUAGAAUAGCAUAAUUUCAGACUUUUUUUUUUCCUUACUUAAUUAAUUGCACAAUGAUGAGAUUCAAAUCC